AUGCGCGCGGAAGAGGCCAAAUCUCAGAAGGCGGCAACCGAGUCAGGGCGCCAUUCCCCAGUCGAUUCGGCGCGCAAUAGCCCUCCAGCGUUCCGUCCAGUAGCUCAUACUCGUGGCCAGCGUCGCGGAGAUGCAGCAGCAGCGAUAUUUGCCAAGCUUCGUGCGUCAUACGAGAAGAAGACGCGUGAUGGCACAGUCACUUGGCAAGAAGACAUCGAAUUCAUGAAGUUGGAGGGUGCCGAGGACGCGCGUCUUCGCAAGCUCGAAGCCGACGAAGAGUACGACCGUCAGCCAUCCCCAGUCGCGGCUACGGCCACGAGUGCCCUGUUUAUGUCGGACGAGGAGCUUCCAGGCCUACCGCAAAGCGAUGACGAUGCCUCGGACGACGAGCCAGAGCCGCGCAAGAAGCGCAAGCGUGGUGUUCGUACCAGGGAUGUAAGCGACGAUGACGACGACAACGAUCGUCCAGCUCCAAAGCGCGGCCGUGGGCGUCCUAAGGGAAGGAGAGCUGGCAAGAAUCCCAAGCUCAUGGGUGCGGACGUAGGAGAGGAUGACAUCGACGAGGUCCUCAACCGAGCCCGUAGCAGUGGGAAGAAGGGGAAGGCGGCAGGUGCCGGCAAGAAGAAGACAGCGCUUGCAGCGAAGGGCAGAACGCAGAAACGCAAGUCCGAGGCCACGAUGACUAAUCUGAACAGCAUUAUGGGCACUAAUGUCUUCAACGAUGCGCAGGCUGUCAGCGGUCUGGCGAACCAGCCAGUACAUUCUGGCGUCCGCCGGAAGGACAAGGCUCUUGCAGCGCUGCUUGCAAGCAUCCCCGAACCCGAUCAGAAGAUCGGCAAACAAGAUCAGAAGUACCUCGACAAUGCGAUCCGAGACUUCACCGGCCAAGGUUCGGUGAAGGCCGCUCCUGACGGUAACUGGGAGCUCAAGGGAAUGAAGACCACCUUGAAGCACUAUCAGGUCAUGGGCGUAGCUUUCAUGCGUCGUCGCGAGAGGGAUAGCUAUGAGCCCAAGGGCGGCAUCCUGGCCGAUCAGAUGGGAUUGGGUAAGACUAUCAUGAUGCUGGCAAACAUCAUCAAUGGCAAGCCGCCAGAGAAGGAGGAGCACCGAGCAACCCUGAUCGUUGCCAGCCCAGCCCUGGUAAGCCAGUGGCGAGCCGAGAUCGAGAAGCAUUCGUGGAGCAAGCGCGAAAACAAGCAUGGCAUCGGCACUAUCAUUGAGUCGCGGGCCGGGUGUCGUCUCCAAUCUAAUAACAGUGAGGAAUUGCUUGAGCAAGCAGACAUCGUUCUGACGACCUACCACGAGGUUGGGCAGAGUUAUCCAAAGGCCAUCUUCCCGCCACAGCUUGUCACAUCGAAGCAAAAGGAGGAGUGGUGGAAGCAUCAUUACGAAGAGAACCGUGGUAUUCUACACCGCGCCAGGUUCUAUCGCGUGGUCCUGGACGAAGCUCAUGCAAUCAAGAAUCACAAAGGUCACAUAUCGAAUGCCUGCCGUGGUCUUACCGCAAAGCAUCGCUGGGCGAUUACUGGAACGCCUAUCAUGAACAAUAUCAAGGAGUUCUACCCGUACUUCAAGUUCCUACAAGAGCCGAACACGGGGAGCUAUAAGCUUUUCAAGGAGAACUUCUGCAGUCCUGAUGACCCGGACGGCAUAGUCAAGCUGUCGGCCUUUUUGAGGAAAUUCAUGAUCCGCCGCACUCACCUCGAUCGGCUUUUCAAUGCCCGCUUGCUGGAUCUGCCUACGCCAACAGAGCACACCCAGUGGCUCGAGUUCAGCGAUGUGGAGCGUCAAGUCUAUGAAAUCGUGAAGCGUCGCUUUAUCGAACGAAUCAACAGCAUCUCCAGAGCAGGUGGUCGUAACGGCCUGGAGAAGCAGUACUCCCACAUCUGGACCAUGAUUCUUCGUCUGCGGCAGAUUGUGGAUCACAUAUUGCUCGUCCAAGUCACGGUGUGUGAUCUGCUGGAGCGUUCCGACUUCGAGAAGCUGGACAGGAUCACCACUGACGAGGACGAUGCGGAAGACGGCACCAACAUCCUUCUCCACCUACGCGAAGUACUCAAGAAGAGCAAGAGCUCUCUUGCUGGCAACAGUGCGACCUCAGGGGCGAUCAUCACGGAAGACGAUACCGCGCACAUCGGCAGGAUCGACAUGGAUCCCGAUGAGGACAGUGGUGGCAGACACGGAAAAACCUUCCGGUUCCGCAGAUACCUUGAAGAUCUGAUGCAUUCCGACCAGUGGGAGAAAAUUCGAGAUCGGACAGUCUGCGCUGCCUGCCGUCAGCCACCCCAAGACCCGCAUGUAACGAGCUGCCUGCACAUCUACUGUGCCACAUGCGCCCUUGAUCUGCAGGCUUACGCCGCCCGUCGUGGCUCGGAUCAGGCGAAAUGCUCCGAAUGUGGUGAAGCCUACACCUCACUCGAUGCUUGCAAAGACGUCACGGACUUUGUGCGGUCGGAAAGCUCUCGCGCUUCCGCCACCCCAGCGGCAAGUCAGACACGGACGAAGGGCAAGAAGAGGGAUGAUAUUGGAAAUAUGUCAGAUUGGAUCGGCAUGGAUGGCGAAGUGCUGCCAAGUGCGAAGACACGCGCUACGAAAGCUCAGCUACUCAACUGGUUCGAGGAGGAUCCCGAGGUCAAGGUCAUCAUCUACAGCCAAUUCCUGCCCAUGAUAAGGAUUCUGAAGAAGAUGUGCGCAACCGAAGACUGGGGCAAGGAAGCCGUGGUCGAAUAUACCGGAAACAUGAGCCACGACUCCCGAGCGAAAGCGAUCAACGAGUUCGAGGCCGACCCGGCGAAGAAGAUUAUGCUAGCCUCGCUCAAGUGCGGUGGGCUUGGCUUGAACCUGACUAUGGCUUCAAGGGUCAUCUGCGUCGACCCGUGGUGGAACAAUGCCGUGACGCAGCAGGCGUUCUGCAGAGUCUACCGCAUUGGCCAGGUGAAGGAGACCAAGCUGACGUCGUUCUGCGUGCGCAACAGCAUUGACGAAGCGAUGCACAACUUGAAGGAGAAGAAGCAGAUGGAGAUUGAUGAGGUGAUGGACGACAAGCGUCGGCAGAACCUGACGGUGAACGAGCUCAUGAGACUAUUCGGUCCGGUUGGCGAGGAUGAUGACGGGAAGCCAUUCAUCUUCCCUGAGAAGUCGGGUGAAGAUGACGACCAUCCGGGGAUUGCGAAUUCGGACGAUGAGGAUCUUGGCAAUGAGGCUUAG